AUGGCGGCGCUGGUGGCGGCCGAGGCCGCAGAGCCUUGUAGCCGAAACGGCCCGGGCAGAGGUCGAGCCCCUCGGGGCCGCUUGGCCAAUCAGAUCCCAGCUGAGAUCCUGAACAAUCCCCAGCUGCAGGCGGCCAUCCAAGUCCUGCCUUCCAACUAUAACUUUGAGAUUCCCAAGACCAUCUGGAGGAUCCAACAGGCCCAGGCCAAGAAGGUGGCCUUACAAAUGCCCGAAGGCCUCCUCCUCUUCGCCUGUACCAUUGUGGAUAUCUUGGAAAGGUUCACAGAGGCCGAAGUGAUGGUGAUGGGCGACGUGACCUACGGGGCUUGCUGUGUGGACGACUUCACUGCGAGAGCCCUGGGAGCUGACUUCCUGGUGCACUAUGGCCACAGCUGCCUGGUUCCCAUGGACACCUCGGCCCAAGACUUCCGGGUGCUGUACGUCUUUGUGGACAUCCGGAUAGACACUGCCCACCUCCUGGCCUCUGUCCGCCUCACCUUUCCCCCAGGCAGCGCCCUCGCGCUGGUCAGCACCAUUCAGUUCGUGGCAACCUUGCAGGCAGCUGCCCAAGAGCUGAAAGCUGAGUAUCGUGUGAGUGUCCCACAGUGCAAGCCCCUGUCCCCUGGGGAGAUUCUGGGCUGCACGUCCCCCUGCCUACCCAAGGAAGUGGAGGCUGUGGUAUAUCUUGGAGAUGGCCGCUUCCACCUGGAGUCUGUCAUGAUCGCCAACCCCAAUAUCUCCGCUUACCGAUACGACCCUUACAGCAAGGUCCUGUCCAGAGAGCACUAUGACCACCAGCGCAUGCAGGCCAACCGCCAGGAGGCCAUAGCCACUGCCCGCUCAGCUAAAUCCUGGGGUCUCAUCCUGGGCACUUUGGGCCGCCAAGGCAGUCCCAAGAUUCUGGAGCACCUGGAAUCUCGGCUCCAAGCCUUGGGACUUCCCUUCGUGAGGCUGCUGCUCUCCGAGAUCUUCCCCAGCAAGCUCAGCCUCCUUCCUGAGGUGGAUGUGUGGGUGCAGGUGGCAUGUCCACGCCUGUCCAUUGACUGGGGUACAGCCUUCCACAAGCCGCUGCUCACGCCCUAUGAGGCGGCAGUGGCCUUGAGGGACAUUUCCUGGCAGCAGCCCUACCCUAUGGACUUCUACGCCAGCAGCUCCUUGGGGCCGUGGACGGUGAACCACGGGCGGGAUCGGCUGCUCCAGGUCCCAGGCCGGCCGGCCCUGGGGAAGGUUCAGGGGUGGCCCGCGCGCCCCUCUCCAGCCGCGGCUUGCGAGCUUUGCAGCUGCAGAGACGAGGAGGUGUCGCCGAUCGCUCCCUGA